GAGAGAGAGACAGAGAGAGAGAGGGAGAGAGAGAGGGAGAGAGAGAGAGAGAGAGAGAGAGAGAGAGAGAAACCUAGAGACCUGCAGACACUGAGACCUACAGACACUAAGAGAGACCUGCAGACACUAAGAGAGACCUACAGACAGACUCCACUUCCUCCUCCUCCUCCUCUUCCUCCUCCUCACUCCUCCACCUCCUCCUCUUCCUCUUCCUCCUCUUCCUCUUCCUCUUCC